CUGUGCAGAUAAAAAACAUAUGUUAUUAACAGGUGUUUUUCUUUCAUCUACAUUCCUUUGCCUUUUUCAUCAGCACUACCAACUCCACUCUUCUGUCUUUUAAUUCAUCUAAAUGCACUACUCUUAUUAAUUCUCGUAUUUUAUCAUCCUUUUUUAUUCACUUUUGAGUGUUCUGCUUUUGGCACUGGAAAUGGACUAUUCCAAAUUUUUUGGAGAAGCAGAAGAAUGUAACAGCAGUGAAUCAGGGUGGACAAUGUACAUUGGUUCUCCUUCAAAUGGUGAGGAUGAUGAUGAGCUGGAAAAUGAGGAUUUUGAUGAAUUAGAAGAUAAUAAUAAAGAAGUCAUUAAUCGCGACGACAACGAAGAUGGUGAUACUGAUGAUUCCAUGGCUUCUGAUGCUUCUUCAGGACCAAGUCUUAGGCAGUAUAUUACUAAAAAUGGAAAGGGUGCUGGUCUAGCCAAUAUGGUUCAUUACAAGAAUCCAAAGGAAAAGGGUAAGGAUUACAAAGUUUGCGGCUUGAACAACAACGAUCCAAUGAAAUUCCACAAAGCCAAUAAUUCAGUGAAAAGUGGUUCCAAGAAUGAAGUCAAGGAAGAAGAGUCUGUUUUUGCUGCAAAAGGAGAACCUUCAAAUGGUGGUAAUAAGGUUAGGAAAAGUAUUUGGAUGGGCAAAGGGAAGUAGUAACUUUUAUAGUUUAAUUCUAAUUAGAUAGUACUCGUACUAUUGUGUAGUAGUAGUAUCUUUCUUUCUUCUUUCUUAGUGCAUGGAAAAAUUAU